CAACAAGCAUCGUCGCCACCUCGUGUGGAGAACAGAGUGUAAGCGCCUGCACGCUUGCCUUCCCUGUUCGCUCACUGAAUGCAGUCGACGUGUUUGCCUUCUCACAGAUAAUCGCCUAUCAGCCGUAUGGGAAGUCCGUGGACUGGUGGGCCUAUGGCGUCCUGUUGUACGAGAUGUUGGCCGGGCAGCCUCCGUUCGACGGCGAGGACGAGGAUGAGCUGUUCCAGUCCAUCAUGGAGCACAACGUCUCGUACCCCAAGUCCUUGUCCAAGGAGGCCGUGUCCAUCUGCAAAGGGCUGAUGACCAAGCACCCUGGGAAGCGGCUGGGCUGCGGGCCCGAGGGCGAGCGGGAUGUGCGGGAGCACGCCUUCUUCCGGAGAAUCGACUGGGAGAAGCUGGAGAACCGUGAGAUCCAGCCACCCUUCAAGCCCAAAGUGACUUUCUGCACCAAAAUGCACUGGCUUCAGUGGGCGUCCAGGCCUUCGUGCGGCAAAGGAGCAGAGAACUUUGACAAGUUCUUCACGCGAGGACAGCCUGUCUUGACGCCGCCCGACCAGCUGGUCAUCGCUAACAUCGACCAGUCUGAUUUCGAAGGCUUCUCGUACGUCAACCCCCAGUUCGUGCACCCCAUCCUGCAGAGCGCGGUAUGAGACACCUCGCGGAAGCCUCGCCCGCGCCCCCGCCUGGGAAGCGACCCCCACCCUAGAGUUUGCCGGCCUCGGCCCUCCCUGUUCCAGGUGGAGGCCUGGAAACUGUAGGGUGGCGGUCCCCGCGCUCGGCUGCGUCAUCUCGGCGGAAGAUGACGUCACGUCAGCAUCCGCUUUACGUAGAGGUGACACCUGGCGGGGGAUCGACCCUUCCUGGAAAGCAGACAGACUCUGGCCCACUUUUUUUUUUGGUACUGUUUGAUGUGUUUCCCAAACCCUCUGUUGAUUGUCACCAUCCAGAUUUCCCGAUCAGAGAUGUUCAAAUGAACCACACGGUCUAGGGGGCCGGAAACAUCUCCACCCACCACGUCUUUGGAAUAAAAGAAUGGAGGUCCCAGAGCGCGAGCGAGGCAGGACUCGGGGGUUGGGAGGGCUUCAGAAAACCCGCCGCUUGUGUCCUCUGCCUCCGUGGACACUGUCCCCAGAGCCCGAGAGGCUGGGAGAAGUCUAGUCCAGUUUGCAAGCUCACUGCUCCCAGGCGCUGUAACCCGCUCACGGUUCCCGUACUGCGGUCACUGGUUUAGAGAGAGGAAGAGAACCCUAGAUGGGUGUUGGGGGCGUCUGUCAUCUUGUACCUGACUUGGCUGAUAACUGUUUUGAUACUUGCAUGUCUUUUUAAGAGGCCAAAUCUUCUAAGGAAUCCGCUAAAUGAGCACAAGAAAUCAGAUCAAGGACAGACCAGUGUGUGUGUGUGUGUGUGUGUGUGUGUGUGUGUGUGUGUGAGUGAGUGUGGGACAUUCAUAAUCUCCGAGAGAUGACUCUGGAUCCAGGGUGCCAUCAGCCAUCAUGCCACUACUCACAGUGUUGUUAGCCAACCCCGUCCACACACUGCUGUUUCACUGCCUGCUGCCUGGGAAGUGGAAGCGUGCGCCCCUCCCCUUUUGUACUUAUUUAUUGAACGGGCUGCGGUGUCUAUGAGAGUACGAUGUACAGUCAGCUCACCCGGUGUGGCUCCAGCCCCAGGACCCCGCGCCCCCAUCCCCAUCUUCUGAGGUGAACAGUGUGGGUGCCCCAGGGCGUCGUGUCGAAUGACACGCCUGGCGCUGCAGUCAGGAAACCUGGAUGCGUAUCAGCUCAAAGAGGCUUAUUGCUGGAAGGAUUUUAAUAUGUUUUGCAAACGCUUCAUGCAAUGAACUUUGCAUGUUUAUAAUAAACCUUAAUAACAAGUGAAUCUAUAUUAUUGAUAUAAUCGUAUCAAGUAUAAAGAGAGUAUUAUAAUAAUUUUAUAAGACACAACUGUGCUAUAUUUGUGAAGGCCCUUGUUUCUAACUUGCUUUUAUGAUCAAGUUUUAGCUUCCUUCCCCUUGCAAAGCUUCCUCUUCCGCACCCGCGCUCUGUGUGUACCCUGCCUUGGCACUAGAGUGGCUUUAUUAAUUUUUUAUUGCAGUAGAUCUAAUUCUGAAAGUGAAUGGCUACUUUACAUGAUCAAUAAGGUAUAUAUAUAUGUAUAAAUAUUUAAUUCUACCUGCAAACAGAAGUUUUCUCUGGAAGAUAAUGUUGAGGUGAGACCCCCCCCCCCCGCCCUUGCCCUCCGAGCACCAUCUGUGCCCUGGUCCUGCGUCACUCUCCCUCCUGGGGCCGUGGGGACCAUCUGGCUUCAGGGGACCCAGGCUGCGGGUGCCGCUGUGGCAUCCUCGCGGUCCCAGGCCAGACUUGGUUCAUCUGUUCUGUCCCCUCCUGCAGCCUUGCUGCUGCUAGUGAUGCGGGAAGCCCUUCCCGACGUGGGUGCGUGGACGCCCCAGGAGCAUGCCGGCCCUGGCACGACCCACCGUCCACUCCGCACCUGCAGACGGUGAGGCCAGGCCCGAGCGGUCCGCAGACAGCAAGGCCAGGCCCGAGCGGUCCGCAGAUGCUCUCGGGAGGCCGGCGCUCUCUCCGGGUCUUGGGGGGGGCACAGCUGUGAGACAGCAUCACAGCGAGGGCCUGGGGGCGCCGGCCGGCAGCAGCAGGAAGCGCGUGUCGAAGGCCGUGGCCGUCAGUGCUGGGGGUGCCCCGUUCCCCGUCGGCCCCUAGGGCCUCCCAGGGACGUGUCGUUUUAUUUUACGCUCUGCUCUUCCCUGAUUCUCGGCUGACACACCACCCCUGAGGGGCCUUAAGAGACGAGAGGCCUUGCCAUCCCGGGAACUUGUGAUUGGAGGAGGCGCCGGGUAGGGAAGAGGUUAGACCAGCGAAGAGGAGCUUCUUCAGCCACCGUUGCUGGACCGUGGGCCCCCGUGGGGGGUCUGUGCGGGUCUGGCCCAUCCUCCCCUACACCUCAUUUGGUCUGAUGGAAAGAGACCCAGGUAUAGAGAGAACCCAAGAAACAGCCGGUCACCCUGCCCUGGAGUGGAGCAACCCCAGGACAGGUCCCCAGGCAGGCGCCCGGCAAGGGGAGGGCAGUCCAGGACAGCGGCUCGGAUCGCGUGCUCCCCAGCAGGCGCUGAGCCGGGGAAGCCGCUCUGUCCUCCCGCGGCCGACAGGCUUCCAGGUUGUUCCUCUUUCUCCGCCUUUCUCCGGAACCUUGCCCCGCAUCCCAGCGGGCUUCCAUCCUUUCUGAACGUGCGGAAACCCCUGUGUGGGGCCAGCCCUGUGGGAGCGGCUUCGAGCUUGAAAACAGACUUGGGGGAAACCGGGGAAGAUCAGGGUCAGCAAGGGUCACCGUGGUGGGGCGAGUCGAUGCGUGGCUGUGCCCCGAAUUUAGAUCAAAGCUGAUGCUUUUUAAGAAACUGAGCAUCCCACGAUAGUUCUGUUGAAAGCACACACCAUGUAGGUGAUGGUUAGCAGAAUGGAUUGAAGCGAAGUUCUGUGGAUUCACCCCCUUCACGGGGGUCUGGUAAAAUAAAGCCCAGGGAGGAGCUGCCAAAGGGUUGGAGUGAGGAGGAGGCCUCGAGGGGUCAGGCCCCCGAGCAACCCGGGAAGGACUAGGCGGUAUCGCUUGGGCCUGUGGGCCCAGCAGCAGCAGGCCCUGGAAAUCCAGACCCCGUGGCUCCAGAGGCCGUUCAGAAGGUCGAGUCCCCUUCCUGCCAGAGGCAGCGCUGGGGCGGACGGUCCUGCGAGGCUGCGGGCCGCGGGGAGGGGUUGCCCCUCCUCUCGGCGUCUUGUUUAGACCCACAGGGGCCUGGUUUGAGGAAGCACCUGGAGUGCGCCGCCCGCAGGGUUCCCGGGAGGUCCGCGCGGGCCAGCGGGCCGGGAGGUCGCGGGGAGCCCCGGUCCCGGCGUCUGCUCUGCCCGCCCGCCUGACUGAGCUCACCGUCCCGCAGGGUCACUGUCCGCUGUGUCCUCGGAGGGGGGUGUGUUAGGCUUUCUUAUCAGGAAUUUGGGAGAAAAUCAGAGGGUGAAGAGGUCUUUGGAAACCCGGGCUGAGAAGGUCGGAUGGAAGACCGCGAGGACCCAGGUUGAUGCGAGUCGCGCCUGGAGGAUGAGCACGGUCUGCGGCGGGAGGGGUCGCCCCGAGGGCCCCUGCUGUGCUCUGGGCCGGGAGAGGUCGUGGGAGGGGGCCGAGGGGUGCAGGCAAGGGCGGGCUUGGGCGCAGAAGGACUGACGGACGCCCCCGCAGCAGGAGGAAGCCGGGAAGGGGGAGGGCCCCGGCGGGGCGUAGCUGCUCCCGGAGGCUUGAGAGCAAGUUUGCUGCUCCUGGCCCGAGAGCGUCCGGAAGGCCACGGCGGGCCCCUGAGCCCCCGCCCCGUGAAGGGGCUCCCAGCUCUGGGUGGGGCCCGAGUGUCCUGCAGGGUGGCGGCCUGCAGCCCGGGGCGGAGCGGGCAGAAAGGGCAAAAUCGCCGGGCUCCGCAGGCGGCCCCACGCCCAGGGCACCCCGCGGAAGUCUGAGUGUGUCGCUGGGGGUGUUUUCUCAGAGCUGCAGGAAGGCAGAGUGGGGGCCGUCCGGUUUUAAAGCCCCGGAAAGGAAGCGCCGUGGCAGGCACCCUCUCACUGCCGUCCGGUGCACCGUCUCCUGCUCUCGAAGCCCCGCAGGGGCAGCCGCGUCUGUUGCCCCGCCAGGCGCCGGAAACAUCCUCAUGGCCCUGGCACUGGGCAGGGAACCGGGCAUGACUCUUGGGAUCCGGCAGCAGGGGAGAAAGGGUCCCCUGGCUGGUAGUCACCACGCUGCAGUCUAACAGGGAGUGUUGGGAGAUGUCUUUUAAAGCCUUUUCCUCGAGUUACUUGGGCUAUACUUUAUGAAAUAUAGUGACUGUCAGCGUUCCUGCCGUUCCCCGUUUGGGCGGAGGCAGCCAUAGGGAAGGCGCAGCCACAAUUCUGUUAAUCCUGCAGUGUCGGGAGCCCUCAGGAGGGUUAAAAGCUGAGAUUAGGACCCCAGUGCCUCUGAUCUGUGUGAUCAGCUGAUAGUUAAUAAUUGUGUGUGUCCAACUCAGUCAUCAAACAGCCUUAUGAUAACCCGCACUAUGGCCCACAGGCGCCAAAGACUUUUUGAAACCUUAUGGAAAAAUCUAAUUUGUUCAUUCCAAACAGAACAUCUGAAUAUACUGGGCUAUUUGUACUUUUUUAUAGAGAACUUUAAUAAAUCAAUUCUUCCUUUAAAAUGAGUUUUUAAAAUAAAACUCAUUUUAUUUUAGAAUGAGUUCAUAAGAUUUCAUAAGAUUCCAGUGAUUCCAAUGAUUUCAUAAGAUUCCAGUCACUAGGAGCCUGUAGGAGGACUCAGCUGGGGUGGGCCUCCCAGAGCGCCCGGACCUGCGCUCUGCUGCAGGGCUGCCCCCGCUAGUGGGGUGCGGUGGCCCCUCACAGUGCCUGGAGGAAUGACGUCCUUGAUGCUCUUAAUAGACAGUGGGGACCACUGUCUAAAGUCUGGAGACUCUGGGCCACGAGAGAGAAGCUUCCCUGUUCUCUGUACAGAUGUAGCUCCAGGAUUGCGGGGGUCCCUGGGGCCCCUUUUCUUGCUCCUCAAGGCUCUGCAGCCACCUUUUGGCCUGGGAGAGGGGUGUCGCCUCCACUCUGUCUCCGGUCCCUAGGGUCCCCAGGUCUCAGUUAUUUGGGAAAAGUUCACUGAAGCAGUGUAAGAGCUGUGCAGUUCUCGGGGUCUCCCUGAGAAGGCGGCUCAGACCUGCUCCAACGUCCAGAGAAAGCGGCAAACGUGCCCAUCAGUGUCUCCUCCCGUGUGAGCAGACAGGACCCACUUGUCAGAAAACAGUAUCAAGUCUACUUUCUAAGAACCUGUUUUUCUAAAAUAAGACAAAAGGUGGCGUCGCAUUUUUUGAUUAAACACCUGUGUCCUUGUCGCCUCAGCGUAACUCCAGGCGUUUUAUCCCUGUGACUGUCGGUAGCCUUUUGUUGAUACUCUCCCUGGGAAAAAUGUGAUUCUUGCGGGGGCUAUUCACAUCAUCCAUGAAGGCUGUGAUUCUUCUGAGUCUAAAAAUUCACCUCGUCUCUCCUCUAUUAGACUCUUUCAGAGUAUCUUAUAUAGACGAUCAGAGACGCUUGAAAUCAUUGCUUUUGCUCUGUUGGUGGGGGGGGGAGGGUUGAAGGACACAUUAGGUUUAAAUUGUUCAUUGAAAACCGUCCUGUGUCAAUCAGACCCCAAGUCUGUGUGGAGGAGGCAGGGUUGGCGGCUGUGGUUUCCCUUCGGGGCCGCGCGGAGGCCGUUCAGCUGUCCGGUCGCGUUUGGUUCACCGUGGCCGAGAUGGGUGUGCCAGCUGCUGCGCUGCUCUGACACUGUCCCCUCUGGCCUCUGUUUGCAUGCUGUGCUCUGUUAGAUGCAUCACCUGUAGUUUGGAAGCCCGUGUGUUCGAAUAAAGACAACGACCAUCCCUUGG